AUGACACGGCCAGAAAGAGAAUGUCUUGCAAAACGCAUUGUACAACACUAUGUGAACAUUGCAAAUCGUCAAAAGAAAAUUACAGUAAAUCACUUUUUACAAGAACAAAUACUACGUCAAAGUAUAUAUGAUACCAUCAAAAAGUUCGAAGAAUUUGGUGCUGUUGGUGACCGACCAAGGAUUGGUCGUCCGAAUAAAUUAUCAAAACAAAAACUAACUCGAUUAAAACGCUUGUUUGAUCACAAGGCUGGCAUUUCAUUACGUCAAGUUGUUCCAGACUUUGAUGUGCAUAUUACAACAAUUAGUCGAAAUUUGAAAGCUAUGGGUAUAACGUAUCGAAAAAAGAAGCGGGCUCCUAAAUAUACCGACAAACAACUUGAAGAAGUUCCAACACGUGCACGCCGGUCAUACCGAACAUUGUUAAAUGGUAAUGUUGAAUUAGUGAUGGAUGAUGAAAAAUAUUUUCUGUUACAUAAUGAAUCAAUAUCUGCUAAUCGUGGUUUUUAUACAUCUGAUCCAAAUCCUACACCACCAGCAGUGAAAUUCAAACGAACACAAAAAUUCGAACCAAAAAUUUUGGUAUGGAUUGCAAUAUCCCAAAAUGGCAUCUCGAUGCCAUUCUUCAAAGAACACCAACAAGCUGUUACUCAAAUGACUUAUCUGAAUGAAUUGUUAUUCUGGCCUGAUUUGGCGAGCAGUCAUUAUGGUCGUAAAGUGAUGGAAUAUUUAGACGAAAAUGGUAUUAAUUUUGUACCUCAAGAAAAGAAUCCACAGAAUUGUCCUCAAGCUCGACCUGUUGAGACAUUUUGGUCAAUUCUUGAACAAAUGGUCUACAGCGAUGGUUGGGAAGCAAAAAACAUCGAUCAAUUGAAAAGAAGAAUAAAAAAAGUAAAAGAAGUUGAUAUUAAAAUUGUACAAACCAUGUUUAUGGACAUACCAAAACAACUUCGACGAAUCGCUGAUAGAGGACCUUACGAAACUUGUUCUUUCUGA